CCCCGCGUCCCCCUCCCUCUGAGAAAUUGACAGCAGCUGGGUCGCCUGUGUGAGCAAAGCCGAAGGACAGACACGGCAGAAAAUAAAACUCUGCCGCUACAGUGGGCUCCCCUUUCCCCCUUCCCUUCACCGUUUGAGUGUACAUAUCAACAAAGCGACCGAGACGAGCUCUGUGACCCGGUUUCGCCGCUUUUACAGCGGAGCGGUCGGGACUUUUUUCCUCGCGCACCGCAACGUCAGUAGCUUAGCCGAGCUAGCGUACUAGCCGGGUUCAAGCUACACGGAGGAAUUACAAUUAUUCCGCCGAGAGACACUGAAGGAUGUCGGUGAAGGAGCAGAAUAAACAAUCCACCACCGAACGGCUGGUUAAAGCCGUGCCGUACCCUCCCACGACGCGGCUCACCAUGAAAGAGCUGUACGAGGACGGCAAACCCAAAGUGGAACUCUUAAAGAGCCACCUGGUGAAAGAGGGCCGUCUAGAGGAGGACGCGGCCCUACGCAUCAUCAAUGACGGCGCCAACAUCCUCCGCCAAGAGAAGUGCAUGCUUGAGGUUGAGGCUCCUAUCACAGUGUGCGGAGAUGUCCACGGGCAGUUUUUCGACCUGAUGAAGCUCUUUGAGGUUGGGGGUUCCCCGCACAACACACGCUAUCUAUUUUUGGGAGACUAUGUGGAUCGAGGGUAUUUUAGUAUCGAGUGUGUGCUCUACCUGUGGGCCCUGAAGAUCAACCACCCGAACACCCUCUUCCUCCUCAGAGGCAACCACGAGUGUCGGCAUCUCACAGAGUACUUCACCUUUAAACAAGAAUGCAAGAUUAAGUACUCGGAGCGCGUGUACGACGCCUGCAUGGUGGCUUUCGACUGCCUUCCAUUGGCCGCUCUGCUCAACCAGCAGUUUUUGUGUGUGCACGGAGGCCUGUCUCCAGAGAUCACCUGCCUCGACGAUAUACGGAAGUUGGACAGGUUUAAAGAGCCUCCAGCUUUCGGGCCGAUGUGCGACCUGUUGUGGUCCGAUCCUGGCGAGGACUACGGCAGUGAAAAGACCUCCGAGCACUUCUGCCACAACAGCGUGAGAGGAUGCUCAUAUUUCUACAGUUACCCUGCAGUAUGUGACUUUCUGAUGAAUAAUAACUUGUUGUCAGUUAUAAGAGCACAUGAAGCCCAGGACGCAGGAUAUCGAAUGUACAGGAAAAGUCAGACGACAGGUUUUCCAUCAUUAAUCACAAUCUUCUCAGCACCAAACUACUUAGAUGUGUAUAACAAUAAAGCUGCUGUGUUGAAAUAUGAGAACAAUGUCAUGAACAUCCGACAGUUCAACUGCUCUCCUCACCCGUACUGGCUGCCCAACUUCAUGGAUGUCUUCACGUGGUCACUGCCCUUCGUCGGGGAGAAAGUAACAGAGAUGCUGGUCAACGUGUUAAACAUCUGCUCAGAUGAUGAGCUCAUGUCAGAGGGAGACGAUACCUGUGAAGGUGGAACCCCGGCGGUCCGCAAGGAAGUGAUACGAAAUAAGAUACGUGCCAUUGGCAAGAUGGCCAGAGUUUUCUCUGUUCUUAGAGAGGAGAAUGAGAGCGUGUUGCAGUUAAAGGGCUUGACUCCCACUGGCACGUUGCCUAUGGGUGUGCUAUCAGGAGGCAGACAGACUCUACAGAGCGCCACCGUAGAAGCAGUGGAAGCACGAGCCAUCCAAGGCUUUAAUCCUCAACACAAGAUCCAGAGUUUCGAGGAAGCCCGCGGUCUGGACCGGAUAAACGAGCGAAUGCCUCCACGCAAGGACAGCAUUCAACAGGACGGCACUGCCAACUCCAUCAAUGCAGCCAACUCCCCCGACAAGAACGGCACCAACGCGCAAGCGUAGUAACCUCCAUCAGCUACCUACCGCUUUCCUUUACCCCCAUCCUUCCUGUCUCUCUUUAUUUUUUUUUUCUUAUGUCUCUCGCUCUUGUCUCUCGUCUCAUUCUCUUUUUUUUUUUUGGUAGAGGUGAUGCCCCUACAUGCAAAAUCUCCUGGACAUCCUCAGGGGAGAAAUCGCACAAUACUAUGAAGAGGGCGUAGGGGGAAAAAAACGUGGUUCUUAUUUAUUUAUUGAUAUAGAUGAUAAGAAAUCUAAGAUCUGUAACAGUGGGAAAAUCGAGAUGAAGAAAUACCUUACAUGUGUAUAUAAAUACAGAAUAAAUAUAUAUAUAGACUUAGCAUUGGGGUGGUCAUCUUAGGUAGUUAAAAAAAGAAAAAAAUCCAUUUUGUAAAUUUCCAUUUAUAAAUCAGAAAAGUUUUCUUUUUUUUAAACAACCAAGAUUUGCUCUUGUUGUUUUUGCGUGCUUGGCAAGGGACACUUUAGCCCAACAUACUUACGUAGAGUGCUUAUUUGUGAAUACCUAAGGCAAAUAUGAUACACUUGUUUAAAUAAAAAGACGGCAACAAUGAAAAAUGUCUGUUUUGGAAACAACAUGCCAAUUAUAGCUAGUGUUUAUAUGUACAUGUACAUUUUCAAGUGUUCCCUUUUUUUCGUUUAUAACCAAAACGACAGAUAGCCUGACAAGUGAAAGUCAUCCCAUAAGACUGGCUGGAUGCAUGAAUGUGUCUGCUUGUGUUUCGGUUAAUCCGUUUAUAUUCGAUCAUGCUGUAAUUUUAUCAGCCCAAGCCGAAUUUUUAGACUUGGCCCAUAUUUCUUAAAUACUAGUUGUACUGUGCCGUGUAUUAUGGUAAUUAUGGUUACAAGCCUUUAGUUGCACUUAUACAAUUCUUCAUUCUGCUUUGGCUAUUGAGCGAGUCCCAGUAAAAGUGCGAUAAAACGACAGAGAUGAGCACACAUGCCUUACAUCUUACCAAGCAAUCAGUCAAGGCAGAAGUAAAUAUUCUCUCUUGCCUUUCAUUGCGAAACUUAUCUUUAUUUGCUGUUUCUACAAGACAGUUAAGUCCACCAAUUGGACAUUUUUUUUCUCACUUUUUGUCUCAUGUCAUGAAUCUUCAGCGCUAGAAAUUUCUAUAGCUCUGCGCUCUUCUUGCUGUAUUUUCUAGAGUGGACCAUUUCCACCCAAAUUUAUAUUGGUUGCUUUACUGUACUGUGUACUUUUUUGUUUUUGAGAAUGGCAGGGCGUGCAAAAAUUGUUUACCAUAUUUUACUUUCAGACCUUUUCUUCGAAUUUGUAGUUUCGGUGACUGGGCUUAGACUCGUUCCUGUAAGUUACCCGACUGGUUAUGUGCCAUGUUACUAACUAUAGCAAGACUUCUGUGUGCAGACACAGAGACUGUCAUUCACACAGCACGUCAUGUAUUUUACAUUUAAUACCGCAAGCAAUUCUGGAUCCAUCUUGCCCAGUACUUCAUUCAGUGGUGCGCAUGCGUCUUCAAGUUUCGAGGUUAAACCUGCAUGUUAUCCAUACUGUAUUUAAAACGAACUCAUCCAAAGAAAAAUCAGUGUUUUCAUGUGGCUUGAUCAUUGACGAAAUCGUUAAAUGUUUCCUCUUCGUUUGCUUGAGAAGAGAUGAACGCUUCAAUCGGCCAUGUAGUUGUGUAAUCGCUGCAAAGAAAAAAAAACAUCAAAGGACAGAAAAAAGCCUCUGAGAUAAUGCUUUACUCUUUGUGAUUUAAAACGAAUUUGACAGAGGCGUCCAGGUACCAAAAGUUAAGUAGAUUGUCACGACCCCUUAACCACCUCUUUUGUGUCUAAGUGUUUGUCUCCGUUUUAUGUAAAGAGCCUCUGCAGACUUGUUUUGUUUUCCUCCAUGUUUAAUUUAAAAGGGGAUAUCUGCUAUGGUGUGCAAAUGUUGGACGGGGUUUCGGGUGGGGAGGGGUGCUGGGGGUUUGGAUAUUGUUCGAUGUAUCUGAAUGGAGUGUUUGGACCAUUGGCCCUGUUUUUAGCAGAGCUUAAUUUUUGACUUCUUCUGUUACAAAUCCCAAACAUAUCUUGAAGAAAAUGUUUAAGCUUUUGACAGAGGACUUUGGGGGGAGGGGUUUGUGUCAAAUGCUUGUAUUGCGUGGCCUCUAUAAAUCUGGAUUUACAUUGAUGUAUCGCUCCAUUAAAGAUAAAAAGAAAAAUGAAAGUAAAAGGAAAUACAAAAAUGUUGGGAAAAGAA